CUUUGGGAUCUUAUUGAUCCCAAAUUCGUAAAUCCGUUGACCUUUGUCGGUAUGUUUUGUUCUUACUUAUCGUAAAAAAAUUAAAAAGAAAACAGAGCUAGGUUUUAGUUUUCGGACAUGGAGAUUCUGAGGCCGACGACGUCACACGUGUCCGGUGGGAAGUGGCUUAUGGAUGAGACUAAGAGCGCCGUCGCAGCUUCUGGCGAAGGUGCCACGUGGACGGCGGCGGAGAACAAGGCAUUCGAGAAUGCUUUGGCGGUUUACGACGACAACACUCCUGAUCGGUGGCAGAAGGUGGCGGCGGUGAUUCCGGGGAAGACCGUGAGUGACGUCAUUAGACAGUACAACGAUCUGGAAGCUGACGUCAGCAGCAUCGAGGCCGGUUUAAUCCCGGUCCCUGGUUACAUCACCUCGCCGCCUUUCACUCUAGAUUGGGCCGGUGGUGGUUGUAACGGGUUCAAACCGGGUCAUCAGGUUUGUAACAAACGGUCUCCGGCCGGUAGAUCGCCGGAGCUGGAGCGGAAGAAAGGCGUUCCUUGGACGGAGGAAGAACACAAGCUAUUUCUAAUGGGUUUGAAGAAAUAUGGGAAAGGAGAUUGGAGAAACAUAUCUCGGAACUUUGUGAUAACACGAACGCCAACACAAGUCGCUAGCCACGCCCAAAAGUACUUUAUCCGGCAGCUUUCUGGCGGUAAGGACAAAAGACGAGCAAGCAUUCACGACAUAACCACCGUGAAUCUCGAAGACGAAGCCUCUUUGGAGACCAAUAAGAGCUCCAUUGUUGUUGGAGAGCAGCGUUCAAGGCUAACCGCGUUUCCUUGGAACCCAACGGAUAACAAUGGAACGCAUGCGGAUGCUUUCAACAUAACGAUUGGAAACGCUAUCAGUGGCGUUCACUCGUACAGUCAGGUUCUGCUUGGAGGGUAUAACAAUGCAGAUUCUUGCUAUGACGCGCAAAACACAAUGUUUCAACUAUAGCUAAUGGAGAUCCAUCUCUCUAAUUGAAGGGUGUAAGUGAAAUUCUUAAUUUUUCAUAUGGACGAAACAAUCAUAUUUGGCAAUUGUACAAUAAACGUCCAUUGUUUUA